CAGCUCGGCCGUCGCGCAGGCGCACUGGCGUACUGGCCUCUGCCGGGAGCGCCGCCGCCUCCCCGACGCCAUGGCUGCACCCGUGCCCGGUCUCAUCUCGGUCUUCUCCAGCCCGCAGGAGCUGGGCGCCUCGCUGGCGCAGCUGGUGGCGCAGCGGGCCGCGAGCUGUCUGGAAGGGAACCGUGGCCGCUUCGCGCUUGGCCUGUCAGGCGGCAGCCUGGUCUCCAUGCUGGCCCGAGACCUGCCCGCCGCCGCCGCUCCCGCCGGGCCAGCCAGCUUUGCGCGCUGGACGCUCGGCUUCUGCGACGAGCGCCUCGUGCCCUUCGACCACGCCGAGAGCACGUACGGCCUCUACCGGACACACCUGCUCUCAAAGCUGCCCAUCCCAGACAGCCAGGUCCUCACCAUCGAUCCCGCCCUACCCGUGGAGGAUGCUGCAGAGGACUAUGCCAGGAAACUGAGGCAGGCCUUGCAAGGAGAUGCUGUCCCUGUAUUUGACCUGCUGAUCCUGGGAGUGGGCCCUGAUGGCCACACCUGUUCGCUCUUCCCUGGUCAUCCCCUCCUACAGGAGCGGGAGAAGAUCGUGGCGCCCAUCAGUGACUCCCCAAAGCCACCACCGCAGAGGGUGACCCUGACGCUUCCUGUGCUGAACGCAGCCCAAAGCAUCAUAUUCGUGGCCACAGGGGAAGGCAAGGCAGCUGUGCUGAAGCGCAUCCUGGAGGACAAGGAGGGUGCGCUGCCCGCCGCCAUGGUACAGCCGCGCACGGGCGCCCUCUGCUGGUUCCUGGACGAGGCAGCUGCACGGCUUCUGUCCGUGCCCUUCGAGAAGCAUUCCACAUUGUAGGGGGCGCGCCACGCACGCUGUGGGCACGUCGGGCCGCGGGAGCUGUGAGAGCAGACUAGCUGCGGAUUAAACAGCUUUGCUGGAA